AAGGCAGACAUUCAUCCAUCCUUAGCUUCUAUGAACUGAUUGUUGCCUUAACCAUUGAUAACCUAACAGCUUCACACAAAUUUCCAUCAAAGUUUGCUCCUUAAGAACCUAGAGUGUCUCCUCUUUCAUAUGUUCUUGUCCCUUUUGUCCUCAAAAAAGUUCUCAUAAUACUUGAAUUUCCUCACUUUCCUAGGAUUAUUCCAGUGUCUUUGUCUGUAUCUUCUUCUUUCCCUGAUUUUUUUUACACUUGAAAUUAUGCUAAAAGAUUCAGUAACUAAGGUUACCAUAAAAUCAGCUGCUAACCACAGCCUCCAUCCCUUGCAGAGUUUGAACUCUGAGAACAAACAUAGUCGCUUCCUUGAGACUUCCUUUUCUUCAUACUUGGACAGAAAUGGAGGAGCUUUUGAGAAAAAAGUUGCAGAUUCAAGCAAAAACUUCAACUCCUUUAGCAGCAACAGAGAAGAUGAUGAUCAUCUUCACAUGGGAAAAAAGAAGGGAGAAGACGAAGAAAUUGGGGUAUUUUCUGCUGAAAAGUACUUCAAUGGAGGAAUAAUGGAGGAUAGUCCAAGUGUUUCAAACAACAUGCCUGCCAGAAAGUUUCAGCAUCAUCAUCGUCAUCUUCCUCAUCAGAAAGAAAAACAAGAAGCAAAUCUAGAAGAAACCAGAAAGAGCAAAGUUCCCUCAAGAGGAACUCCCAGUGUUCGUUCUACAUCAAGCUGGAACAGCCAAAGUGCAUUACUGAAAACUGCUCUGAAGAAUUCUUCAAGGAAUGGUAGAAAAAAAGUUCAAGGGAGAAGUCUCAUAGCUAAUCUUCGCUGUAAAUGCUACUGUUCUGAUAAGGAUUCUGUUGAUGUCAGAAGCAACAAUUCUGGGGAAAUCAGCUUCAGCAAAAAUAGUGUUUCUUUUGGUGUAGUUCAUGAGAAAACGUCAUCAAGUCCCAAAAAGUCCUUUGAAACUUUCUAUUCUGGGUUGGAAGACCAGCUAGUGAAUAUCCAACUUCAACCAGAAUAUGAAGUGGAGAAACCAAGGAAAUCACUGGAGGUGUUUGGCUCACCUAUAAUGGAAACCAGAAGCAAGUCCUUGAGCUUUGAUAAAAGGUUCAGAAAGCCUUCUUCUUCUUCUUCUUCAUGGAAUCAUCAUGCUGCUGCUGCUCCAAAAUCAGAAGAAAUGGACUUCUCUGCAAAUUCAGGUGGGAACUACAUUAAUGAUGCUGCUAGUGAUGCAAGUUCAGAUCUUUUUGAGAUUGAGAGCUUUACAGGAGCCAAAUCCAAGCCUUACCUUGCAAGACAAGCAUCCGAUGCAGCUAACUCGGGCUGUGUCACCCCGACAACUUGCUAUGCUCCGAGCGAGGCUAGCAUAGAGUGGAGUGUUGUCACUGCUAGUGCAGCAGAAUACUCAGUCUUAUCAGAUUGUGAAGAGCAAAGAUCAGUGGCUACCAUGAGGAGUCCUAUCACAAAUACAUUUGGUUCUUCAACAAAUGGGAAAAGCAAAGCUAAUGGAGAUAUGCAAAGAAGGAAAUCUGGAAGUCUCUUGGGCUGCAAGAGUCAUAAAGCUGUGAGAGUUGCUGGGGAUGCCUUUAUCAGACAUCAGAAAGCAAGUUCUAACAUCCCACAAGUGACAAAGACGGGAAGUUUCGAUCCAAGACAUGGCGUCCAACAUGCUUAUGGCUUGCAGCAGCCGAGGCAGAGGUCACACUCUCCGAAUGCUUCACAACUCCUGUAUGUUUAGUUGAAAGGUUUAGUUCCUUUUGUGUCCUUGCACUAUGCUUUUGAUGUUUGUUUGAUGCGUAUUUUCCUUUCAAAAUUUGUAGUUGCUUGUUUGAAACUUAAUGGAAAUGGUUGCUUUGUACGCAUAGCUUCCAUACCAUAUCAUAGGAACAAAGAUGGAAUGUGAAAUAGAUGAUAAAGCACUACUUCCAAUGUUUUCUCAUCAA